AUGGCAGCACUCAGACGUCUACGUGCCUCAUUAGCACGAAUUUUCCGAUCACCAGCCAACUCAGCUCGUCUUUCCCCGUCAAGAAUUUUCUUUAAAAGAUCAAAAGGUGAUUCCUAUUCGGAUCUCGUGCAGACACCGGAUUCGAGCCGCUCCGUUUCAUUUGCAGAUGCAAUCAGCUGGCCGUAUAUCGAUGAUGACGACUCAUCGGAGAUCAUUGAA